AUGGGAGGGGACAGAGGAGGCACCGUCCCUGCUAAUAACAUGGGCUCUGAGGAAUGAAAGCUAUUGCUGGGGAAAGCCGUCAUGGAACGGAAGGAGCAGGGUCCUUAAGCGCUGCCUGGCCGCUUGGCCCAAUUUAAAGUUCGAAGGAAAGUGCCACAUUCACAUCUGGGGCUACAAAAGGGCCACGCACAGCAGGAAGAGACUUGUUGCAUGUGGUGCCGAGCUACUGGGAAAAUCAGCUACAUGCCGCGAUAGUGAUUCCCUGUGGGAUUUCUGCACGGGAGAAGCCCUGGCCACUAUGGGGGAGAGCGGCUGCACCAGCCGAUAAAGAGGAGUCCGAAAUCACAAGCGCUUAGAAAGCGGCCGGGGCGGCCCGGGGUGAGAAGUGACUGUGGGAAUAUGCCCUGGCUGAGCGGGGGCAGGAGGCGCAGGCGGCAGCAGCAACAACAGCAGCCGCCCCAGGCACCGUCCGAACAGCAGCGAUGCCCCUCACCCGGCCCCUCGUCCUGUCGGAGGGGGAGCUCGGAGCUGCCUCUGCCCGCUGGCUGGGAGGAGGCGAGGGAUUACGACGGAAGGGUCUUUUAUAUCGACCACAACACCAGGCAGACCUCGUGGAUAGAUCCCAGGGACAGGAUAACAAAACCUUUAACGUUUGCUGACUGUGUUGGGAAUGAGCUACCUUUGGGAUGGGAAAUUGUUUACGAUCAACAGAUAGGAGUAUACUACAUGGACCACAUUAACCAACUUACCCAGGUUGAGGACCCACGAGAGCAGUGGAGACGAGAACAGGAACGCAUGCUAAAAGAAUACUUGGUUGUAGCCCAGGAGGCUCUUAAUGCCAAGAAGGAGAUUUACCAUAUUAAGCAGCAGCGUUUCGAGUUGGCACAAGAAGAGUUUCAACAGUUGCAUGAUCUCUGUGAAGAUGACAGUCGCUCUUAUGUCAGCUCCUUUUCUGGAUUCUCAACAAACACAAAGUAUGAUCCGUACCAAAUUAAGGCUGAAAUUGCAAACCGGCGAGACAGGCUUUCCAGGUUAAAACGAGAGUUGACACUGAUGAAGCAAGAACUGCAAUACAAAGAAAAAGGAGUGGAAACUUUACAAGAGAUUGACCGCAAAAUGUCCAGUGCUCACACCAACUAUAAGCUUGAUGAAGCACAAGCAAUAAUGAGUGAACUGAGAACAUUACGUCAAGCAAUUUGUAUGGGAGAAAAGGAAAGGCGUGAUCUUAUGCAGAGCCUAGCAAAGUUGACUGAUGGAUUCAGAAACAGCUGUUGUAUAUCAGACUCUCUACACAACAUUCAGAACAAUUCAGGCUCCCUGACUGACUCCUGUUUACCUCAGCAAUACUGUGAUGCCUGCUCGCAAACUGACAACAUUGGAGAGUUUGGCCUCGAUGAUAAAUCGAGAUUGGCGGAUAGAGUCAGGCUUAACUGGCAGUAUGAGGAGGCCAAAAAAAGAGUUUCCAGCAUACAGCAACAGCUGGCUCUUAUUGAUAAUGAAACCUGGCCAGGAAUGGCAGAAGCAGACAGGGACCAUCUUCAGCUAAUCAAAGAGAAAGAAGCUCUCCUUCAAGACCUGCAGCUCAUCUGCCAGCAGAGAAGAUCUCCUGAGGACCUUUCAAAGAUGGAAGAAGAAAUGAGAAGAUUAACAGAUGAGAUCCAGAGGGCCCAUACAACAUCUGCCCAAGGGAUCACAGAAAGGUUGCUGUUACAAGAGAAAAGAAACUGUCUGUUAAGGAGCCUAGAGGAGGCUACACGCUUGGCUUCAUAUUUGCACACUCAGAUAAAGAGUUUGUCCGCCAGUACCCUGACUGUGUCUUCUGGUAGCAGCCGAGGAUCUCUAGCAUCAAGUCGCGGCUCACUGGCUUCAAGCAGAGGAUCUCUCAGCUCUAUAAGCUUCACAGACAUUUAUGGUCUUCCGCAUUAUGAGAAAGCUGAAACACAAGUGGAGUAUGGGCAGCAUAUGCAUUUUGAUAUGAUUCCAUUAGAUGCUAUAAGCAGAGAUUGUCAGUAUUCAGAGACAGGUGGACUUCCCAACCUUAACAAACAGAAGAUAUCCAUGGAUACUCCCCAGUCACUGGCAUCACUGUCAUCACGUUCAUCUCUGUCUUCUCUGUCUCCUCCAAGUUCUCCAUUGGAUACUCCUUUUCUUUCUGCUUCUUGUGAUUCUCCCUUGACCCAAAUGUCAGAAGGCUUGGAGGAAAUAAUGAGCAUUGGUGCUCUAGAUAUGAUGAGAGGGAAUGCUUCAGCUUUGGGUGAAGAGAAUACCCAAGGUGCAUGCUCCCAAAUACAAGGCUGUAACACUGAAAACAAGGGUAAGAAUCUCAGAGACAGUGGGCCACAAUUGUCAAGACUUCAAUUGAGUGCAGCAAGCCCAAUCCAAGAAGUCUGUGCAACAAGGCUACAAGCAGCUGGACGAGUCUCUGCUGGAUUUUCAGAUGACUCUCUCACAAGUGAUAGUGGGGUUUUUGAAACGUUAAAUAAAAGAAAUGGAAAUGCUGACAAUUCUGUGCAAAAGAACAGUGCCAAGAAUGAAGAACCUCAAGUACAUGUUGGAAUAGUGUACGACAGUGAAAGUGAAUGCCUUCUUGUGCACGUUUUGCAGUUGAACAAUUUAAGUUGUGCCUUUUUUAAGGAAGGUUGCAAAAUACACAUAAGAGUCUACCUGCCUUCCCUGGACUCCAGCACACCUAGCACUUACUGUUCCAAGUCUCUGGAGUUCCACGUGCCGCUAAUGUUUAAUGAAAUUUUUCAAAUCCCUAUGCACGCAACCAUUCUGAAGCAGAGCUCACUGCAGCUGUACAUAUGCUCUGUUUGUCUCCGGCUCCAGGAAGAACUACUAGGUAUUGCCCAGAUUGGUUUGGCUGAUUAUGUGGAUUCCACCGAGAUGCAUCUCCAGUGGUAUCCCAUCCAAAUGUACAGUAGCACAGAUCCACAAAGGGUUUCUGAAAUUGAAGACUGCUUGCAACCAGCUGAAAAUAUCACUGAAACAAAAACAGAUGCAGUGUCCAUACUUUUAGCCCGGACUACGGCCCAACUUGAAGCAGUGGAGCGGGAGCUGGCUGUGGAGAGGGUUAAGCUUGAGUACACAGAAGAAGAGAUUCUGGAGAUGGAGAGGAAGGAAGACCAAGCUGAAGCUAUCUCAGAGAGGAGUUGGCAAGCAGAAUCUGUUGACAGUGGAUGCCACAGUAACUGUAACCAGCUGAGUCCUCCUUAUUCAGAAAGCUGUUACAGAGACGCUGUGCAAGGAUCUUCGCAAGCAGGUCAAGCAAAUCUGUACGAUCCUGUGAAGACUCACAAUGAGCCCAUUAAGGUAGAUAAAGAAACCAACACUGAGGAUAUCUUUCCAGAUGAAGUCAGAGACCUUCCAAAAGAGAGAACCUGCCACAGGUCCCGUGGAUCUCCAUUUGUACGCAGCAGUACAAUAGUUCGGUCACAGACGUUUUCUCCUGGUGCAAGGAGUCAGUAUGUUUGCAGACUUUAUCGAAGUGACAGUGAUAGUUCUACAUUGCCAAGAAAAUCACCUUUCAUCCGAAAUACACUGGAAAGGCGAACACUACGCUAUAAGCAGCCGUCCUGCCAGUCUUCCAUGGCAGAGAUCAUGGCUCGAACAUCCCUUGACCUGGAGCUGGAUCUUCAGGCUUCCCGAACCAGGCAGGGGCAAUUAAAUGAGGAAAUAAAUGCUCUCAGAGAGCUGAAGAAUCGAUUGGAAGAGGUACAGCUUCGCGGGCAGAGCGAUCUUCCACAGUGGGUGCUUCGAGAUGAACGGUUCCGUAUUUUGUUAUUGGAAGCAGAAAGACAGACGAGGCAGACCAAACUCGAACAGCACCAGGAACAAGCUGCAGAGAAAAUGCUUAAGAAAGCAUCCAAAGAGAUUUUCCAUCUGCGUGGGCAAAAUCAGAAGGAACCAUUUCAAGUGCAAACGUUCAGGGAGAAGAUAGCAUUCUUCACAAGACCAAGAAUCAACAUACUUCCUUUGCCCGCUGACGACGUAUGACCUGUUUCAUCUGAAACACAGAGUAUUGAUGUUAUCUCCAUGAAGUUAUUAGACUAGUUACUUUUAUCUUACAUAUGUUUCAAAAGCUAUUUUUUGUAAAAAAUAAAAACAAAAACAUAUAUGCAUAUAUAAAUAUCUAUAAUUAUAUAUUUUAUAAUAUGACUGCAGCAAGGCUUGGUUUUUCCUUGUUGUAACGUAAGCAUUUGAAGAACAACUUAUUUUAUAGAUCAACUGUCCUGUCGUGUGUGCAGUGCCGAUACUGUUUUAUGUGAAUUAAUAAAGGCUGGAAAUCAGAAACAAGGCCAGUUCAGGGGAAUUCCCUGGAGUGUAAUUUAUUUAAAGUGUUCCGUUUUCCUUGAAGGAAAAUACCUGCCUUAAGAUAUUUUGGACUGAGUUCCUGCUUAUUGGUGUUCUUCAAACAGAUGAAUUCACCUUGUCCAGCUGGCUUUGUUUCUGGUACCUGAACUGAAAUACUGUUUUGCAGAUUGUCAUUGGUUUUAGUCGCUUUUUUGCCGCUUCUCUUUAAUGUGUAUGUCAAUCUUAUUGCUAAGCACCAUCUCUUUCUUCUGUACUGAAGUAUUAUCAAAUCCAGAUUUGUAAAACUGAUUAAAAUUGCAUUGCAUUUUUUUCAGA